AUGUCUUUUUGUGACCUGAAACUUUCGGUUAUCGUAGUGAAGAAGAGGGCUAAUUUUGUCCAAAACUUGAUUUCAGAUGUGAACAACCCACCGGAGCAGAGGAAAAACAAACGAGCCGCGGUGCUUCUAAAUAAUUUUCAUGAGGAAUAUCAAAUACUUGCAGAUGAAAUGCCAAAUAUUGUUUACGCUCGAGUUGUGCCAAAUCUGCCAGAACACCCAAUGAUACAGUCCAUUGCCGCCAAGGUUGAUGUCAAGAAACUUGGCCCGCACAUCCGUCGUGGCAUCGUUCAUGCGGUCGAGAAAGGUGUCCUCGUUCGCGUCGGUAACAAGGGCAAAGGUGCAUACGGGAGCUUCAAGGUUGCCGAGAAGCCCGCCGUUGCUAAGUUUAAGCCUGUCAUGAAACCCAAAGUAGCCAAGGCCAAGAAACCUGCAGCCCCGAACCAGUUCAAGGCUGCUAAGACGCUGACCAAGCCCAAGCCCAAGAUCCUAGCGAACCACCCGCCGGUAGUCGACAUGGUGAAGGCCUCCAUCAACGCUGCAAAGGACCGCAAAGGCACGUCACGUCCAACCACCGGGAAGUCUUCAGUCGUUUUGGCCGAUGUGAAAGCGCUUCGAGAACAGGAGUUUUUCUUCUACGACGAUAUCACCUUUUUUGAAAAUCAGCCUAAAAAGCACCUUACCUUUCAACCGGAUCAUUUGCUCCUCAGCGAGGAGGUCUACGUAUCCAUUGCGCUGGCAUCGACAAACGUGCGCUACCUUCGUCUCAACUUUCCGAAAAUGGGAUUCCCGCUGGAGGAGGAAGUUGAUCGCUUCGUUGGUGUUUUCAACCUUGGCAUGACAAUGGCGAACCUCGCAUUACGACAGCUACACACUUUGAUAGUCACUUCCGUCCCGGAUUCCCCGCUUACUGGGAUGUUUGAUCAGAAGACCAUGCCCGCAACAAAGGAUACAACGGCCGGUUUCAAGUCCUCUGAACAAAAUGGCUUACAUUUGGGGAGAUAUGGCAACUUUAAAAAGCGUAGCGAAUGUCAGCUGCUCACAGCCCAACAUCAGAGAGUGAAGGCUGGAAAGUUUCAGUUUGUACGUCAAGUUGGACGCUACUUGCCAUUUAUGGUUCAAAUCAAAGAAGAGGUUGAUAAGGCGAUUGAUGAUUGUGACACUAUCAUAAAUCUUCGAGAAGAAAUUUUGGAAACACUUCUGGAAUUGGAAUCUAUGAACUUUUCAUUCGAUAUGGACAAAAAGCUGGCACACAUUGAGCGGCGCAAUGAGUUGGUACAUCAAAUGGAGCGAUACUAUAUGCUCAUUUGUUUCAAUGCAUACCUUCGAGAUCAGGUACCGUUGCGAUUCUCAGCCAGGUUCUCCGACUGGAUGCUUCAACACCCAAAGCUGUAUCAAUAUUUGGUUUACCUCGAUGUCUCGGAAUGGUACACAACAGUUGAACUUUUAAAAAGCGAGCAACGAAUACUGCUUUCAGACAGCUCUCUACUGAUUGAUGAGUUGUGUACAAAACGAACAACUGGUUUGGCAAAUUUCCGCCAGCUUGUUGGCUGGCCGAUAUAUGGCACCUCACAACCUGAUGCCGCGACCAUCAAACGAGUCCACCUAAUGAUCACCACCGCCUACUGGAAUGUGGCUCUGAGCGGACGGCGCAUGGAGGAAACUGUUGCGGCGCCACUGAAAAACCAACCAAACAGAGUCCCCAUAUCAAUGCCAAAUAUGAUAUGGAUUUGUUUACGUGAUGGCUAUGGGAUUGCUCAUGACGGGGAGGUGUACACCUGGCGUCUCAAAGAUGACCCAGGGGAGCCAAUCGUUCUCAAAGGAAUUAGUGGCGCAGAGAUGGAGGAAUUUGAAGAGAAAUUUGUGGAAUCCAUUAAGAAGGUGAAGACACCGAUUAAACUGCACGAAUUCGACCUAGACAACAAUAAGAUCAGCGAGAAAACCCCCCUAAAUGCUGAAAAGCUACGUACAUCCAAACAGCUGUUCAAGGAGUCGUUUGAACAAAAUGCACGGGAUGAUACACUGAACAAUCAAGAUUCCGCCAUGCCGAACAUUCCCGAGUCUUACUUCAGUUAUGUGAAAAAGCACGCAGAAUAUCAUCGCAUCCCCAUCCCAAUAAUUAUCUUUCCUUAUCAAAAGAUGUUUGACCAAAUUUUGCGCAUCGUGGUCAACAAUGCACGAGGCCUAUUCACAAGCGCUAUAACCGCACAGUCUUUGGUCAACGCAUCUGCUGGAAUGGGCAGAAGGCACGUGACUAUCAGACGGCCAAGUGCGGCCAACAUCAGUCAGACUGACUGGAGCUUGCCAAACGCGAAUGAGGCGAAAAUCGAUCGAAUAGCAUCGACCAACUUAAUUUUUUUUUGCGAAAAUGGGCGGGAACGAACAAGUUUGGCUAUGACGAUUGCUGGAUUGGUCUACUGUCAUUUGUUUGGGUUUGCAUUCGGUUAUCGUGUUGAGGAAGAAGAACGUGUCUCCCUACGAGGGGCCAAAUAUACCAAAGGAGAAUUUCAGGUCAUCCAAACUCUGAUAAGACGUAUUCCGAACGGAAAUCAAGUGAAACGCGAAGUGGACUUUGUCCUUGACAAAUGCUUUGAUUCCAUGUCUAUGAUGCAUUUUCACAUUCGGGAGGAAAUCUACUUCACUUAUGCAAAGUUUAGAGAUGAAAAUGAUCCCGCAAAGAAGGAAAAACUGAAACAUCGUAGUCUUGCCUAUUUGGAAGAAUACUUCUUUCUGAUACUAUUCAACCUCUAUUUACACGACUGCCAGUCCUCCCACUGGAAGAAUCCGUUUGAUGUUUGGAUGGAAAAGAUCACUGAACGCUGCAAUUAUAUGGAGUUGCUCAACGAACUUGGAUUUCCCGAGUUUGAGACCCCAGAUCAUCUUCGACGUCUAAGGGAGCGCUGGAGACCGCGUAUCGAUGCAAACUCUUCGUUCAUGGGCAUAGUGUGAAACUUGUUUUCUUAGAACCAAAUUCACAUGUUAUACACUUCAAUUAAAUGGAUAAUGCAAAAUAUGUUAGUGGGCAUCCAAAGCCUGUGUCACUUUUUACGUGGAGCACACUAUGAGACUGAUUUGUUUCAUAUAACCAGCUGUAAUGUUGUAGCUAAUUAUCCAGAAAAUGUUUUCUUUCAUCUUUCACGCAGAGACGUUGUUUGUCGGUAUAAACUGUGGUGAACUAGUGUUGCUCCAUAAUCUCUAGGGCUAUGGAGCAUAUCUGCUCGAAAUAGCGGCAUAUUUGGUGGGCCAACACUGGAUAAUAGAGCUGUG